AUGUUCAGACUUGGAGUGCGAACGUUCGCGACAACAGCUCGCAGAGCUGCAGAAACGGCUGUGCAAAUGGAAGCUCUCAAUCAGUACGGGAUCGGCGUCUCCAAAGCGCAAGGAAUUGUCAAGGGUAUGACUGGAGCAAUUGGCAACACCCCAGUAAUCCGACUAAACCAUAUCUCCGACGCAACAGGCUGCGAAGUGUUAGGAAAAGCAGAGUUCAUGAACCCCGGAGGCUCAAUCAAGGACCGAGCAGCCCUCUACGUCGUGAAAGAUGCCGAAGAAAAAGGCCUCCUAAAACCAGGCGGGACAGUGGUUGAAGGAACAGCAGGCAAUACCGGGAUAGGACUCGCGCACGUCUGUAGAUCAAAAGGAUAUAAAUUGGUCAUCUACAUGCCGAACACACAAUCGCAAGGCAAAAUCGACCUCCUCCGACUCCUCGGAGCAGAAGUAUACCCCGUCCCAGCAGUCGCGUUCGACAAUCCGGAGAACUAUAAUCAUCAGGCAAAGAGACAUGCAGAUAGACUAGAGAAUGCAGUCUGGACGAACCAGUUUGAUAAUGUUGCGAAUCGGAAAGCGCAUAUUGAGACCACGGGCCCGGAGAUCUGGUACCAGACGAAAGGGAAGGUGGAUGCGUUUACGUGUGCUACUGGGACGGCGGGCACGCUGGCUGGUGUGACGAGGUAUUUGAAAACUGUUUCAGACGGGCGAGUUAAGUGUUUCUUGGCGGACCCGCCGGGGAGUGUGCUCCAUUCUUAUAUUCAGUCUGGAGGGAAUUUGAUUGAGAGGAGUGGAUCGAGUAUUACGGAGGGAAUUGGGCAGGGAAGGGUUACGGAUAAUUUGAAGCCGGAUAUUGAUUUGUUAGAUGGGUCGUUGCAUAUUAGUGACGAGAAGAGUAUUGAGAUGGUGUAUAGGUGCUUGGAUGAGGAGGGGCUGUACCUUGGAGCAAGUUCGUGUUUGAAUGUUGCGGCUGCUAAGGAGGUUGCUGAGAAACUUGGAAAGGGACACACGGUGGUCACGGUUCUGUGUGAUGGAGCAUACAGAUACGCUGACAGGUUGUUCUCGAAGAAGUGGCUUACGGAGAAAAAGCUCCUUGGUGCGAUACCGAAGCAUCUAGAGAAGUAUAUAGUUCUCCCUUGA